CCGGCAGCAAUAAAUAAAUAAAUUAAUUAAAUCGAUAAAUAGACAUCCCUCUCUUUUCAGCUUAUUUUAAUCACCGGAGUUGUUCUCCGUCGUUUGCAUUUUAUUUCUCUAAUACUCUCUCGAAUACCCUGACGACGCAAUCUUCCUUCUCCCUGCCCGAUCGACGGGCAUCUCGUCGGCACAGCUUCUUGCCGGUGACUUGUACUGAUUUGGAGAGGGAGAGGGAGAGACGAUGAAAGCAGCAACGACGGCGGCGGGAGGGAGGCAGAUGCAGCGAUCAGGACAUCAUCAUCAGCGCCAGUACUCGGACCAGUUUCUCUUCGAGUCUCACUCCUCCAAUACUGGCGGAGGCGGUGGGAAGUGGAUGCAUAGCCUUCCAACCUCCGGCUUAAAUGUGCCACAGCAGGUGGAGUACUCGAGAAUGCUGCGGAGAGCGCAGAGGGGGGUGAGCGGCGAGUUCCUGCUAUCCACGGAGCCCUUAACGCCGCCAAUAAGCUCGAGGCCAUCGAGCCAGAGGAAGGCCAGCGGCGAUGUUUCUCCGAGCGAGCUAAGCCCUGGGAUUUUGGAUCUUCAUUCUUUUGACACCGAGCUCCUCUCAGAUGUAGGAAAAAUUAUUACGUGCGGAAUACGGGCUUCUGGACUCUAUGAUUCCCCAACCCCAUUUGGCAACGCGCGAGGCCGAGGCAUUGAUGAGUCAGAGCCAAGCUUUUCUGGGAACAAUCAGAUAGGGAAGGCUAGUUUCAUUCCAGAAAAUGAUCUUUCAACGAGUUUUGCUGCAGACAAGGAUAAAUUAGGUUCUGUUGCCAAGAUUAAAGUAGUGGUGCGAAAGAGGCCUCUAAACAAAAAGGAAAAAGCAAAGAAAGAGGAAGACAUUAUUACAAUUGACCACAACAGAAAAUUUCUGACAGUUCAUGAGACCAAACUGAAGGUUGACCUGACGGAGUAUGUUGAGAAGCAUGAGUUUGUAUUUGAUGCUGUUCUUGACGAGGAUGUUUCAAAUGAUGAAUUAUAUCAUGAGACCGUGGAACCAAUUGUCCCAGCUAUCUUUCAGCGCACCAAGGCAACUUGUUUUGCUUAUGGCCAAACAGGUAGUGGGAAGACCUACACUAUGCAGCCACUUCCCCUAAGAGCUUCGCAGGAUAUCCUUAGACUAAUGAACCGUGCAUAUAGGAACCAAGGAUUGCAGUUAUUUUUUAGUUUCUUUGAAAUAUAUGGCGGGAAGGUUUAUGAUCUACUAAGUGAUAGAAGAAAGCUUUGCAUGCGGGAAGAUGGCAAGCAGCAAGUCUGCAUAGUAGGUUUACAAGAAUUUCGAGUGUCCAAUGUUGAGACCAUUAGGGAACUUAUUGAGAAGGGGAAUGCUACAAGAAGUACUGGUACAACCGGCGCAAAUGAAGAAUCCUCACGAUCUCAUGCUAUACUCCAGCUUGCUAUUAAGAAGUUAGUUGAUGGUAGUGAAUUAAAACCAGCUCGAGUCAUCGGCAAGCUAUCCUUCAUAGAUUUAGCUGGCAGUGAACGAGGUGCAGACACUACUGAUAAUGACAAGCAGACAAGAAUAGAAGGUGCUGAGAUCAACAAAAGUCUUCUUGCCUUGAAAGAAUGCAUUAGAGCUCUUGAUAACGACCAAACUCAUAUUCCCUUUAGAGGGAGCAAACUGACUGAAGUUCUUAGGGACUCAUUCAUGGGAAACUCUCGCACAGUUAUGAUUUCAUGUAUUUCUCCAAGCUCUGGAUCAUGUGAACACACUUUGAACACAUUGAGAUAUGCUGAUAGGGUGAAGAGCUUAUCUAAGGGCAGCAACCCCAAGAAGGAACUUUCAGCCUCCUUCAACAUAAGGGAGUCGACUGCUGCUCCCCUCUCUUCAGUUUUGCCAAAUCUCUCUAUGCCUGAAAGUAGCAACAACGAGGCAACUUAUGAAUCGCACAGAUUUGGGUGGACCAAACAAAUCCAGAAAGUACCACCUUCUUUCAUUGUAGAUCCUGUUCCUACAGGGAGAGAAGAUGGAAAACUAGUAUCUUUUUAUUCUAAUCAUUCCAGUAAAAGUAGAGGUUCGAGUACACCUGAAGAGUAUGAUUUAUCUGAUGGGGCCUAUGAGCCAGAUAAUCGGUCCUCGAGGAAGGCAGAGUCAUAUCCAGCUCCGGGUUUUGAGAACAAGACACAGAGAGUUGCAGCCCAGGCAAGACAAAGGAAAGCCAUUGAUGUAGAUAAUAAUUUUCUGAAUCCAGAUAAUGAUUUGAACGACCUUCUAAAGGAAGAGGAAGACCUGGUAAUAGCUCAUCGAAGACAGGUUGAGGAGACAAUGGAUAUUAUUAGAGAUGAGAUGAAGCUGCUGGAAGAAGCAGAUCAGCCUGGUAAUCAGUUAGAUAGUUACAUAUCCAGAUUAAAUACCAUUCUCUCGCAGAAGGCUACUGGAAUUGGCCAUUUGCAGGCACGAUUGGCUCAUUUCCAAAAGCGUUUGUUGGAAUAUAAUGUCUUAGUUUCCUCCUUUGCGCCAUGAGUUAUGUUACUGUUAUGUUUUUUGCUAUUUAAAAUCUGGUAGAUAUGAGAGAGUAGAUAUGAGGCAUCUGAUUCAUUUUAUUUAUAUUAAAUCUGUUGUUCUCAUUGGUUAAAUCGUUCUCUGGCAUUUGAAGUGAUCUAAUAUUUUGAUAUGGGAAUUAAUUUAGCUGUUGUUGUUGCAACAAA